AUGUCCGGCUGCGGCGCUUGUAGUUGCGGCGCCGCCGCCGCGCGGCUCAUCACCUCCUCGCUCGCCUCCGCGCAGAGAGGUAUAUCUUGUGGUCGCAUUCAUAUACCUGUUUUAGGAAGGCUCGGGACCUUUGAAACUCAGAUUCUACGAAGAGCUCCCUUUAGAACCUUUACAGAAACACCAGCAUACUUUGCAUCAAAAGAUGGGAUAAGUAAAGAUGGCUCUGGAGAUGGAAAUAAGAAAUCAGCAAGUGAGGGAAACAGUAAAAAAUCAGGCUCUGGGAGUUCAGGGAAAGGUGGAAACCAGCUGCGUUGUCCUAAAUGUGGCGACUUGUGCACUCAUGUAGAGACCUUCGUGUCAUCCACCCGCUUUGUGAAGUGUGAAAAAUGUCAUCAUUUUUUUGUUGUGCUAUCUGAAGCAGACUCCAAGAAAAGCAUAAUUAAAGAACCUGAAUCAGCAGCAGAAGCUGUAAAAUUGGCUUUCCAACAGAAACCACCUCCUCCCCCCAAGAAGAUUUAUAACUACCUCGACAAGUAUGUUGUUGGCCAAUCAUUUGCUAAGAAGGUGCUUUCAGUUGCUGUGUACAAUCAUUAUAAGAGAAUAUAUAACAAUAUCCCAGCUAAUCUGAGACAGCAAGCAGAGGUUGAGAAGCAGACAUCAUUAACUCCUAGAGAAUUAGAAAUAAGAAGACGGGAGGAUGAGUACAGAUUUACAAAAUUGCUUCAGAUUGCUGGAAUUAGUCCACAUGGUAAUGCUCUAGGAGCAUCAAUGCAGCAACAGGUAAAUCAACAAAUACCUCAGGAAAAACGAGGAGGUGAAGUAUUGGAUUCUUCCCAUGAUGACAUAAAACUUGAAAAGAGUAAUAUUUUGCUGCUUGGACCAACUGGGUCAGGUAAAACUCUGCUGGCACAAACUCUAGCUAAAUGCCUUGAUGUUCCUUUUGCUAUCUGUGACUGUACAACUUUGACUCAAGCUGGAUAUGUAGGCGAAGACAUUGAAUCUGUGAUUGCCAAACUGCUCCAAGAUGCCAAUUAUAAUGUAGAAAAAGCACAGCAAGGAAUUGUCUUUCUGGAUGAAGUAGAUAAGAUUGGCAGUGUGCCAGGCAUUCAUCAGUUACGGGAUGUAGGUGGAGAAGGCGUUCAGCAAGGGUUAUUAAAACUACUAGAAGGCACGAUAGUUAAUGUUCCAGAAAAGAAUUCCCGCAAGUUACGUGGAGAAACAGUACAAGUUGAUACAACAAACAUCCUGUUUGUUGCAUCUGGUGCUUUCAAUGGCUUAGACAGAAUCAUCAGCAGGAGGAAAAAUGAAAAGUAUCUUGGAUUUGGAACGCCAUCUAAUUUGGGAAAAGGCAGAAGGGCUGCAGCUGCUGCAGACCUUGCCAAUCGAAGUGGAGAAUCAAAUACUCACCAAGACAUUGAAGAAAAAGAUCGAUUAUUACGUCAUGUUGAAGCCAGAGAUCUCAUUGAAUUUGGCAUGAUUCCCGAGUUUGUGGGACGGUUGCCUGUGGUAGUUCCUUUGCAUAGCCUAGAUGAGAAAACACUUGUACAAAUACUAACUGAGCCACGUAAUGCUGUUAUUCCUCAGUACCAGGCCUUAUUCAGCAUGGAUAAGUGUGAACUGAAUGUUACUGAGGAUGCUUUGAAAGCUAUUGCCAGAUUGGCACUAGAACGAAAAACAGGUGCACGAGGCCUUCGGUCCAUAAUGGAAAAGCUGUUACUAGAACCAAUGUUUGAAGUUCCUAAUUCUGAUAUCGUAUGUGUGGAGGUUGAUAAAGAAGUAGUAGAAGGGAAAAAGGAACCAGGAUAUAUCCGGGCUCCAACAAAAGAAUCCUCUGAAGAAGAAUAUGACUCUGGAGUUGAAGAAGAAGGAUGGCCUCGCCAAGCAGAUGCAGCAAACAGCUAA